AUGAUGUCCGCCGUCGCAUCGUCUUUCCCCUCGCGCGGCCACGCGGCGCCGUUCGGCGGCUCGAGGGCACUACCACCGCCGUCUACGCGGCGCAGCACGUCCCUCCGCCGUCCGCGCGUCUCGGCGCUCGGUGGGGGCCUCGAGGGAGAGGCGGGGAAGAUACUGGAUCCGCGCGCCACGCCGUUCCAGAUCCUCGGCCUCGACGCCACCACUGCCUUCUACUCCGCCGCUCAACUCAAGGCCGCCUUUCGCGCCCGGGUGAAGGAAUUCCAUCCUGAUGUUUGCAAGGACCCAGAAAACGCAGAUUUAAUAAUGAGGCGAGUGAUCGAGGCCUAUCAGAUGUUAUCUGGCAACCAAGAAAUGAUGGUUGAAAGGAAUAAUGUUGACACAUUUGAUGAACCUGAGUGUGAAGCCCGUGACAUAUUUGUCAAUGAACUUCUAUGCAUUGGCACUGGAUGCCCAUAUUCUUGUGUUAAAAGGGCACCUCAUGUGUUUUCAUUUUCAGAUGAUAUUGGUACAGCUCGUGCAAUAUCUCAAGGUAAUGGAGAAGAUGACCUUGUUCAGCUCGCUGUUGGGCAGUGUCCAAGAAAGUGCAUAUACUAUGUGACGCCUUGCCAACGCACUAUUUUGGAGGAUGUUCUUGCUAGUGUGUUGAUGGCGCCUUACGAUCUCGCUGAAGCAGCAGUUCUGGAUUCCCUCCUUUCGAAAGCAAAGUUUGAGAAUAACAGGUACAGGAAGCCCAAAAGAGGAGCAAAAUCAUCCUCCGAUUAUGUUGAUUGGAUGUGA